CAAACCUUCGAUCUCAUAGACCCAGAGACUGACUGUGAGUUGCGUCCUGAGGUAACAACUUGCACUACCACCCUAUCAAAAGGCCAGUUUAAUAGUGCCAGAUUUGAAAGGUUUUCAAGUUGGAAGGUGCUGCAAAAGGCUAUUGCCAAACUCCAACAUAUAGCUCAAUCAUUCAAGAACAACUCUGAGGUUUCCUGUCGUGGCUGGCACAACUGCAACAAACAUUUAACUGAAAAGUCACUGCAACUAGCCAAGACCACGAUCAUUCGCACCGUUCAAAGAGAGGUCUUCGCAGAAGAUAUUGGAUGCAUUGAAAAAGGCACAGCUCUAAAAAACUCAAGUCCACUCAGCAAACUGAAUCCAUUUGUUGACACGCAAGGGCUCCUUAAAGUUGGAGGCCGACUAAAGAAAGCACAGUUGUCUGCAGAAGAAACCAAUCCCAUACUCGUCCCUGGAAAGCAUCAUCUUGCUCAGCUCAUAAUAAGACACUUUCACGAAAAAUUAUGUCACCAGGGAAGGCAUUUCACGGAGGGAGCAGUCAGAGCAGGGGGCUUUUGGAUUGUGGGAGGAAAAAGAGCAGUAAGCAGUGUGAUUUUCAAGUGCAUCACAUGCCGCAAAUUAAGGGGCAGGCAACCUGAACAGAUCAUGGCUGAGCUACCUGAAGACAGGCUGUCCACGGACCCUCCUUUCACAAAUGUAGGCCUUGAUGUGUUCGGUCCCUGGUCCGUUACAGUGAGAAAAACGCGUGGUGCUAAUGCAGAUGCUAAAAGAUGGGCAGUCAUAUUCACCUGCAUGAGUACACGUGCAAUUCAUAUUGAAGUGAUUGAGUCAAUGGACACAUCGUCAUUCAUUAAUGCACUGCGUCGUUUCUUUGCCAUCCGAGGUGGUGCCAAACUCUUGAGAUCUGAUUGUGGGACAAAUUUUGUGAGUGCCUGCAAAGAGCUCCAAAUAGACAAACUAGGCUGUCACAAUGACAAAAUAGGCACAUUCUUGAAAGACAGUGCGUGCAAAUGGCAGUUUAAUCCUCCACAUGCAUCCCAUAUGGCUGGUUCCUGGGAACGCAUGAUCGGCGUCACCCGAAAAAUCCUCAAUGCAAUGCUCCUUGAACAUCCAUAUGGGAAGCUCACACAUGAAGUACUCGUAACAUUGUUAGCUGAAGUUACCGCAAUUGUAAAUGCCCGUCCGCUAACAGCCGUUUCUACAGAUCCCGAAAACCCAGUCAUUCUUACUCCUGCGAUGCUACUCACGCAAAAGGUUGGCACACCACCGAUUCCACCAGGGCAGUUUCAGACCAGUGACCUAUUCAAAGCCCAAUGGAAGCGCGUGCAGUACUUAGCUAAUGUUUUCUGGAGUCGUUGGCAGAAAGAAUACAUCGCAGGCUUGCAGGUUCGUCGCAAGUGGAAAAUAAAAAAGCCGAACCUUCAAAUGGGCGACGUUGUUUUAAUGAGGGAGUCUCUGGAACAUAGGAAUAAUUGGCCACUCGGACUGAUCACAAAAUCUUUCCCAAGUGAGGACGGUAAUGUCAGAAAAGUUGAGGUUAAGAUUUGCCGAAACGGCGAGAAUAGGUUUUACAUUCGCCCAAUUCGUGAAGUUGUGCUUUUGCUGUCUAAGGGUAGCAUGUAAAACGAGUUGUUGUUGUGUAUCGUUCAUUAGUUAAGAGCUGACAUCUUGCAGAUGUCAGGCGGGGAGUGUUAUGUCCUCUGGUCUUAUGUUGACUACUUUUUGGGUUUAAUUUCUUUCUAAGAUUGUACAUUGUUCAUCCGUCCACAGGAUGUCGCUAUUCUAACUCAGAAUCUUAAGUUUUUCUUUGGUAUUGCUGUUUGCGCUCGGCUUCCCCUAGUGGCGACUUGCUGUAAGCAGCAGGCAGAAAGAACUUUUUAUUUCAGUUGGAAAAGAGGCCUUGAGGUGUUAAGACGUUACACACCUCCUCUGCACCAUACAUCGUUGGGAACCCUUGACAAAACAAAAUCUUUUUACCACACACACGCACACACGUUGACACAAAGAAAUAAAUGAGAGGAAGGAGUUCGGGCCUCCAAGUUUCUUUGUCGGUUUAGCUCGCUGCCAAAGUCGAGUAGCCAUACGCUCGGCUGAGGGCAGAAGACUCGUCGUCCGCUCGCCAUUACGAACACAUCUGCAGUCACACAUAAAGAUAUUGUAAUGGCACAGAAUGGGGAAAUAGGAAGGAGAGGAGUCGGUGAUGACGUUCCCAAUUUAUUGUUGGUGGCAACCAUAGAAAUAAUAAACAAAAUAACAGCGGCAUCUGCAACAUGCUAACUUCGCUCUCACGCCGUACGCUCUCUCCUCCUUGCUUCCCGCUACGUCACUACUCUGCCAUCUGAUGGCCUCUUCAAGGGCCCACAAAUAGUUACGGACAUUACAAUACUUAACGAUUAACGUAUUUCUGAACUAUAUUAACACACAGCACUCAUCACAAUCAUCAUAAAAUAAAGCAAUCCGCUAAUAUACACAGUCAAAUUAUACUCUUUUUAUCACCUCAAACAAGAAAAAAAUACUAGUUUACAACGUCCGUCUCACAUUGCUCUAAAAUGCGAACAUUUAUUGCCCAUGCACGACACGUAGCGAACGCCUCCCCCCUGCUGGUUAAAAACCGUAAGUACAACAGUCUAUUUGUGGACACAAAAUAUUAAAAUAACUAUUUUGAUAAUUGUUAUUUAAUUUAUUAUCAUUUAUAAAAGUUAUUAAAAAUAAUUCAGAGACUUAUUGUUCUUUAAAAGUGUUGAAAUUACAUAAGAUGUACAUAUUACUUGUACUUUUUAGUUUUAAACAUAUUGCAUGGCUCUCACAGAAUUACAUUUAAAAAUAUGUGGUGUUCAUGGCUCUCUCAGCCAAAAAGGUUCCCGACCCCUGAUGUAACACAUAAAAUCACUUGGACCCAAGCGCCAGCAGAGGGUGCUAAACACCAAAAAACAAGUAACAAGUGAACAUUUAACUGUACUGUCAUUUUGAUCUGUUAUGAGUGGGGCAUGUACGUUAAUUGCGUCAAAUAUUUUACCGUGAUUAAUUUAAAAAAUCUAAUUACUGCCCGUUAACGCGAUAAUUUUGACAGCCCUACUAAAAAAUAUACAACUUGGUCAAAAAACAAAAAUUUAAAAAGUGACAUUUUGUUUUAAAAAGGUGACUCUAAUCUUGCAGUGUAUUAGUUUUAUUUUGUUACUUUUUAAACCUGUGUCUGUGGUUUUCAUACUAUUCGGUAAUACUCCAGUCAGGGAUGGAGGCAAAAUGAAGCCCUAUAGGUUUCUUAACAGUAUGUGUUUCUAUUCCAUUUCAUUUGAUUUUGUUUCUUGUAUUCUUUUAAAGUUGAAAAGAAAGCGGGCAGGCUGGCAAUUUACAUUUGCAGAAAAAAAAAAACAGACUGAAGGAAGACGAAAUUGGUGUAAAUUAUAAUCCAGCAGGUGAGCCGUGCGUAUGUGUGCGUGUAUCUCGAGUGUUGUAUUAGAUUGUGAUCGUGCUAGCGUGUGACAUCAUGAUGGCCGGGAAGACUUUGUACUGUAUUUAAUGAUGAUGAUUGUUUCCUUUUCAACCACUGGUAUUGCUACUACUGUAAAAGCGUUUGCAAGCCGCUCAUAUGUUGUGUGUAUGUUAAUUUAAUAAUUUAUUGUGUGCCAGCUCCGUGUCUGAGGGUGUCUCUCUCUCUCUCUCCAGUCGCUGGUCGCUUUAUUAGGUACACCCAGCGGGACGUUAUACAUCAAUGGCAUAAGGCAGACAGAUACGGUAUUGAUGUAAAUUCCAUUUAAAAGCCCUAAAUUCAUCCAAAAUUUAAAUAAUAAUAAAUACUUGUAUUGUUUCGAAUUUAUUUUGUACGGAACACCCAAGUAGCUGAUGCAGGUGUGCCUAAUGAACUGUCCAGUGAGCGUUCAUGUCACAAUGGCGUGAAGCAAUAUGAGAGAAGAAGCCAAGUGGAGACUUUGGUAUUGGUGUAUCUUUCAAAUGUCAAAUGUGGAUGUAAAAUAAAUUGAGUCAAUGUUUUGC